AUGAUUCUUAUGGAUGACAAGGGUUGUAAGAUUCAUGCGACUGUUAGGAAGACUCUGAUAUACCGAUUCCAAUCUUUGAUAAGUGAGGGUCGUGUAUAUCAGAUUUCGUUCUUUGGCGUUGGUGAAAGCGGACGUGAUUUCCGACCAACCGGGCAUCCAUUCAAGAUCAACUUUGAUAUUCAUACAUCUGUGCGCUUGGUUCCCAACAGGGCCAUCGAUUUAAGCCCGUACAAUUUUGUGCCGAUAUCUGAUAUAAUGUUCAAGGAUCUUAAUACGUCUUUUCUUAUAGAUGUCAUUGGAAUUCUCACUGAUGCAAGUGCUGAACAAGAAUUCGAAAAAGAUGGCGGGAAGCAGAAAAGAAUUACUAUUGAACUUGACCAAGACGGGGCUCGGGUUGAAUGCGCCUUUUUUGGAAAGUAUGUUGAUGAGGUCGUUGGUUACCUUGGAUCUGCUGAUGCAACCAAUGCCGUUGUUGUUGUAAGACAAGUCUCCAAAAUGUUUAUGGAGCUACAAAGGUUUUUGGAAUCACAUGAUAAUACGGUGCAUGUCAUUAGUCCUCUGCAAGAUUCUGCAAAGAAAUCUACCCCUGAAGAUGAUUUUCUAAAGCAGAAUGAUGGGAAAACCAUCGAGCAACUAAAAGAUCUUGCAUAG